AUGGGUCCGCGAGUACUGCCAGUCGAAGGUUUUGUGGCGUACGAAAAUCCAAACGAACAGCGGCACGAAUUCGCAGACCAGGCAGUCAAGUUCAGCAGCGCGUAUCUGUCACCAGAAACAGCAUGUUUUCGUCUCACUUUUACCAUCCUGGGUGGCGAGCACAACAAAAUUCCCAUAUAUCUGCAAAUUGCAUCUGACAAUCUCGACUCGUUCCGUUAUGAGACCUGCAGACUGAAGGAUGGAGGCUCACCUCACCUUGACGAAGUGCGCAGUCGGCUGGGCCGCAAGGGCGGCAGGGGCGACCUAACUCACCUUCGAUUCGUCUUGCGCAAUGGCGUCCACGUACAGCGCAUUGUACCCCAUAAUCUUCCCGACUACGAGGCUCUCGACGACCCAUCUCGACAUGUCCUUGACACUGUUGCAUCGAUCGCGGCCUCUCCGUCAUUCUCCUUAUACAUUCCAGCCAAUCGACUAUCCAGGAAAUUGCUUAACGUUUGCGUUGAAGCUGUUCAGCGAUGUUCGGUGUCAACAAAUGAAGAAUUUCUGUCGUAUCAACGAGCGCUGCAACUGCAGAGGCUGUACGGUGGCGACGGUGGCCGGAUGCUUGCCGUCCAUGAUGACGACGCUGCCGUCGAUCGUGAUACAGCCGUCAACAACCACGAUAGUAGCUCUCGGCAAGAGACCGAUUCGUGCGCGACAUUGGGCUUCGACGUUGUUCCGCGUGAUCAGAACUCUCCUCCGCGGUAUGACGAGGGCUCAGUCGAUGUGAAGAAACCCAUGGCGAAGCUGGCUGACACGGCCAACGUCGACAACUCCGUUAUUGACUGUCCGCCGCCGGAGUAUGGUGACAUCGAACAGGCUCGCGACACGCCGAUGGCUCUCAAGCGCGUGCGCCAAUGGGUGGAUGAGGAUGGGUCUCCGCACCCAAGUCCCAAACGAGCGUUUUCACUGGGUUCACGUGUCGCGAUAUCUGCCUCGGCUUCAGCAACGAACGUGCGACGACUUGAUGCAAAAGAGAGACUCGAACUUGACAAUGCGGAUGUCGAAAGCUACAUACUGCUGCAUGACUUAUCACGUCGGAUCAAGCGAUUACAAGAAAAGGUCGAACAAUUGCAACAGCAGAAUACGAAUUCUGAGAAACGUCAAAGCGAAGUGGAAGAUAUUUGUGAUGGGUUGAAGCAUCAACAAGAUCUGGUCAAGGACGAGCUGGGGAAUUUCGAUGUCCAGAUCGAUGAGCUGGGAGGGAAACUUGGCGAGAUUGAGAAGCAAAUGCCAUACGAUCUGGAGGAGUUGGAGGACUUGAUGAGACACACGAUUCGGGACAUGCUGCAAGAGGACAUCGUGCGAGACCUAAUUGCCGAUGUGGUCGAGGAACAGACGGAUGACCUGGUAAGCGACUACGUGGGUAGAGAUGGCGAAGUCAACUUGCCUGGACCAGUGAGAGCAUAUUUGUGUAAGAUCGUCGCGGACCAGGCAGCCACGAUGAAGGCGAAAAUAUGCCAGGCUCUACGAGAGUGA